AUGGAGCUGCACCAAGGGAUUGAAUCGCUGGGUAUGAGAAGGGAGCCCACCAGGGAGUUGACUGUAGUAGGCCGGGAAAUUCUCAAGAGCAGCGACGCCAGAUCAAAGACCAACAACAACACUGGUGCCAAGAAGAAGAAGAAGAAGAGGAAGCCGGACAUCAUCGCGCCCUCGCCAUCGUCGACCACCAGCACGACGAGCACAACCACGAAUUCUCCUUCCGCAUCUCCCAAUCCCAUCGACAAGAGAUGGUUCAGCGUCUACGACGUCUUCCGCUGCAAGCAGCUCCACGUCGAGCUCUCGGCGCUCACGGCAAACUCCCAUCGCUGCUACACCAGGAGCAAGAGCAAGAACAAGAACGCCGCCACCGCCACCGCAGCCGCCGCAGCCACCACCACCACCACAAGCAACGCAAACAACGCAAGCAAACGAAGAACUUUCCCGCAAGAGCGCCACCUCGUAAGGCUUCCAGGCGAUCAUCACGAAGAUGGAGAGGAGGAGAAGAAAAGCUUUCGUUUCUCCGAGGAAGAACAAGAGGAUGAUCGGCACCAGCAGCAGCAAAAGGAUCGAAAGAAGGCGGAGAUGUGGCGGAGGAUGGAGAUGGUCCGCCGCCUCCAAUCGGGCGACAUAGAGGAGCAAACCAGCGCGGCGGCGGACAUCCGCGCGGCGUGCCGCCGGGACGGCGACGCCCGCACGACGCUGGCGCUCAUGGGCGCCAUCCCGCCGCUCGUCGCGAUGCUCGACUCGCUCAACACCGCGGCGGCGGCGGCGGGGCUGGCGGCGCUGCUCAAUCUCUCCGUCCGGAACGAUCAGAACAAGGCGGCGAUCGUGGCGGCGGGAGCCAUCCCAAAGAUCCUCCGCCUCGCCAAGAGCCACCCUGGCUCCCACAUCCAAAUGCAGCUCCUGGAAUCCUCGGUGGCGGCGCUGCUCAGCCUCAGCGCUCUCGACGCCAACAAGCUCGCCAUCGCCGCCUCCCCGGGCGCCGCCGCCAGCCUCGUCGCCACCGUCCUCGACAGCUCCUCCACCGACCAGGCCCGCCGCGACGCCAUGGCCGCGCUCUACAACCUCUCCCUCUGCCCGACCAACGCGCCCGUGCUGUGCGCCGCCGCCGCGGUACCCGCCGUGCUGUCGGCGGCGUACGAGCCCGAGCUGUGCAGCCGCGCGGUAGCCACCGCCGCCAACCUCGUGUCCACGUCACCCGGCCGCCGGGCAAUGGCGCGGGUGGAGAGCUCGUGUCUCGUCUUCACCGACAUUCUCAACUGGUGCCGCUGUGGAUACUGUCCGAGUGUCGCCAGCCCGUACCGCGGCGGCGUCGGCGGUACCGUCACCCGCGGCCUCAUCGAACGCGCGGUAUACGUGGUCAUGGUCCUGGCCCAGUGCAGCCAGUCGCAGCGCCGCGCCAUGUGCCGCGCGGGAUGCUCGUCAAUGCUGCUCGAGCUCGUUCUCAUUGGCAGCCCGGCCGUCCAGGACCGCGCGUCUCGGACUCUCCAGUGCCUGGCGGCGGCCGACGAUGACAACUCCUCGUCGACGAAUUCCUACUGCUGCCUGCUGCUCCAAGAGGGCGAGGGAGACGAUGAGCAGCACCAGCAGCACGAGCACCAGCAGCGGCGGCAGCUUCUCGAACGAGAGCUCUACUCGGAGGAGCGACGCGCGGUAAACAGGCUGGUGGAGCGGAGCCUCAAGAUCAACAUGCAGCGCAUCACCGAGCGCGCUUGCAUUCCUCUUGCUGCUGGUGCUGCUUCGGAUGUGACCACUGCUGCCACUGGCACUACUGCGACUUCGUCGUCAUCGUCAUCAUCCACAUCUUCCACUCGUCCGCUAGUCAGCUCGUAG